CACUCUCUCCAUCACUCAAAAGAAUUUCCAAAUAAUUUUCCAGAGACAUUUGAUUUGAUUUGGUUUCUCUUUUUCUUCCCCGAGACAAUUGAUUUCACUGUGCCUGGAGAAUUUCGAUCCCCGUGAACUCCAUUUUGCUCGACAAAGUACAAAAGGAUAAAUGCUCCAUUUCUCCUCUCUCUCUCUCUCUCUCUCGUCUUUUCUCGUCUCGCAGUGAGCCAGUGAAGCAUCAGAUCUUUCCCGCCGGUUCGAUCCUGAGAAGGACAAAGAGGAGGAGAAGCCAUCGGAUAGAGUAAUGGAAUCGAGAGGAUGAAGUUCUACAUAUCGGCGAAGGGGAUAAAGAGAGUGAUCGCGAUAUCAAACAGCGGUGGAGGAGGAGCCGGAAAAGGAUUGGCGAAGACUAGUACGGCGGCGACGGCGCCUGCUGCAGGAGGUCGCCGGAUUUCCGCCGGGGCUUUCCUGCCGGCGGUGCUGUUACUCGGCAUCGUCCUGCCGUUUCUCUUUGUCAGAAUCGCGUUCUUGGUGCUCGAAUCUGCUGCAGUUUGCUCGUCGUUAGAUUGUGUACGAUGGAGGUUUUUGGGCGAGAGUGACACGUCUCUGAAACUCAGAGAUGAGCUGAUCAGAGCGCUGCUAGAGGCGAACGACGGUACUGUAAGUGAAGAGGGAGCUGAGUCGUUCAAUGACCUUGUGAAACAGUUGGGGGCCUCUAAACGGCAAGACCUGGAGGCAUUCGCUUUCAAGAUCAAGGCCACGCUAUCAAGAAUGGAACGCAAGGUGCAAUCAGCAAGACAUAUGGAAUCAGUUUACUGGCAUCUAGCUUCACAUGGUGUUCCCAAUGGCCUAAACUGUCUAUGCCUCAAGUUAGCUGAAGAAUACUCUGUAAAUGCCAUGGCCCGAUCUCGCCUACCUCCGGCUGAAUUUGUGUCUCGGCUUUUUGAUCCUACCCUUCACCACGUUGUUCUCCUAACUGACAAUCUCCUUGCUGCUUCUGUUGUGGUCACCUCUACCGUUGAAAACUCUGCUAACCCUGAAAAUUUAGUCUUUCACAUACUCACCGAUAAGAAAACUUACACUUCCAUGCAUGCAUGGUUUGCCACCAACUCUGUGAAAUCAGCAAUAGUGGAAGUUAGGGGAUUGCACCAAUAUGACUGGUCCGAAGAAGUUAAUGCAGGUGUCGAGGAGAUUCUGGAGACUAAUCAAUUGAUUUGGAAGAACUAUUACAAGAAUAUUGAAGACAGGGAAUUCAACCAUAAUGAUCAAGAGCAAAGCAGGUUCAUGGAGUUUCCGAGGCCCAACAGCCUCUCCUUGAUGAAUCAUCUUCGCAUUUAUCUCCCUGAGCUGUUUCCAGACCUGAACAAAGUAAUAUUUUUGGAUGACGAUGUUGUGGUGCAACGUGACAUAUCUUCUUUGUGGAAACUAGAUCUUAAUGGCAAAGUCUCUGGUUCGGUUUUCAAGUCAUCCGGGGCAGAAACCGUUUUCCCUGGAAGUAAAUACAUUAACUACUUGAACUUCUCCCAUCCUCUCAUAUCAUCCAACUUCGAUCGUGAUCAAAGCGUAUGGCUCUACGGCAUGAAUAUAUUUGAUCUUGAAGCUUGGAGGAGAUCGAAUAUCACUGAGACUUACUUUCAAUGGUUGAGACUUAACCUCAAAUCUGGGUUAUCAUUAUGGAAACCAGGAGUGCUUCCACCUUCCGUGAUUGCUUUUGAGGGUCAAGUGCAUCCCAUAGAUUCAUCAUGGCUUGUGACUGACUUAGGCUACCACUAUCAAUCCGAAGAAAUAAGUCCAGAUAGAUUGGAAAAUGCUGCCGUAAUUCAUUUCAGCGGCCCUGCAAAGCCAUGGCUUGAAAUUGGCUUCCCAAAAGUGCGGAGUUUAUGGAACAGAUAUGUAAAUUUCUCUGACAAAUUCAUCAGGAGAUGUGGAAUUACACACUGAAUCAACACAGUUCUGCUACUUUCUUGUAGUCCUGACAUUUCCAAAUGAACACAAGGUAGGUAUAUUUUGUGUUCACCUAGAGAAAGCAGAACCUUGAGACCUGGAGACGAACUAGAGCCAAUCCUUUGGGAUUCAUUUGGACAAAAUGCGUAUGGGAUCUGAGGGAAGAAGGUUUUGCCUUCAGUCUCUGACUUAUACGCUCUGCACAGCAUAUAUAUAAUAUUGUCAGAUAUUUCCAUAUGCAUAUAUGUACAGUUCACAGUCAUAUAUAGAUGAAACUCCCACUGAUCAGUAGCCAUAUUAGAAACAGCAUAUGCUGUUAAGAAUUAUGAGAUCCAUCUACAAGCAUCUUGAUUUUUUCUCUCCGGGCACAGAUUUUAUAAAAUUAGUAAUUGUAAUUUUUGUUAUUGUAUUGCUGUAAAUUACCUGCUUAAAAAUCUUCUGUAUGGAAAAUUAUUCUACUGGUAUAGUAUCUGCUAAUUCUUUUAA